AUGUUGGCCCACUUUUUCGAUCAUCACCUCGAUCUUGUCCUGCUACUCUGUCUAGUAGUCAGUUCCGGGAAAUCAGUACCGGUGGGCGGCAAUGCGGAAUGGACGGUCGGACAGCCACCCUCCAGCGACAACGUCGAUGCCUUUCUCUGGCAAAAUCGUUCUCCAUGGCGUAACGAUCGGAUAUCUCUGAGCCCUACACAUGGACAUCUCAUCCCUGACCACGUGCUGAAUGAGCCCGCUGGGCCAAGUCAGGGGUAUCCUUGGUUCUCAGAGAUGAGACAAGACUACCUGGAUCCAACAAAUACGUAUGAUCAAUCGAUGAUCUGGACGGAUCAGCCACUGCAUCGGGUUGCCAGCCAAGUUGAUGAUGCAGUUGGAGCUGAAGCACCCCAAGACUUCAGUCAUUUAAUUGACCGACGGAAAGCGAUAGACUCGAACCGCAAUCUUAGGCUCCCCCCUUCAGAUAUCAGUGUGCUUGGAGGCUUCCUUGCUAAUAGUGGGUCUGAUCUGUCCCCAAGAUCGUAUACUCGAACGAUUUUAUCAAAAAGUCACAACGCCGAAAGCCCGCUUAUCAGUCAAGCGACAGAAUCUUCCGCUGAAGAACGACUCCGCAGAGCAGGAGCUGACAGCGCCGCACCGGAAGCACCUGUAUUUGGAGUCUCGCCUGUCUUCGAGAGAGAUGCUGCGGUCCGAAGUGAUGUCACCGGUCUGCCUGUUCGAGAAGAGGCUGCCGUUCCGCCCCUUGAGGAGCUCGCCAAAAAACCGGCCGGCCGUGCCCCUACAGAACGUGAGGGCAUGUCCCCAGAUGACCUGCAUGCCCUGAUGCGAUUCUUUCACAAUGACGUGAGCAAGAUGCAAACCUGGAUGGAGAACAUGAGGAGAGCUUUAGGAAGCCAACAGUUGCAAUUUGCGCCGGUGGACUCGAGCCGCGUCGCAAAAGACCGCGUUUUCAUAGCUCACGACGGGCAUGCCGUAAAAAGCUACUAUCCGCCCUUGUCACUGCCAAGCGGACAAGAUUCUCGCAAACCAUUGAAAGACGAACAGUCGAAGUCAUAUCACUUCUUGUCGAAAACUGCGUCUCUGCGAGCGGAACCAGCUGCCCAAGUACCCAAGGGUAAAUCACACCAACGCAUUUUUGUCUAUCUCAACAGCCGAAUCAAUCUGGACUUUCUCAACUCGGAAUACUUUCUAGACCAUCUGCAGUUCCUUCCCAUCAACACUGCAGAACUUUCACAGGGUCUGUUGAACAAACUGCACGGCGACCGUAUACUUCGCUACGUGUUGCCGCCACGAACUCCACAUGGACUUGCUCUCAUUGCUUCACGUCACCAACAAUACCGCCGGCAAAGUCUAGGCAAUUUGGAGAAGCUGACAGGAUUUCGUGGCUACUGGAACCUCGUUUCUCUGUGGUCACCUGUGCUGUACGAUGGCGAAAAGUAUACGGUGGUUCUGUACGGGAUCGGGCAACUCGACGCCGACUACGUACCUGAUGUGCAAAAACACCUCGAACGGCUUACUCAACAUUCUCCGACCAAUCUGUACUCUUCGUUCCAUGAGCUGGCCAAGACAGCCCAUUAG